UCGUUUCCUGUGUGCGUGACAGAGAUCGGAGUAAUACACAGAGACCGUGAGAGGGUUUUUGAGAAGAGGCGGCGGGAUGAACACGGAUAUCACAGCGUCGGUGAAGCCGGAGUACCCGGUGGUGGAUCGCAACCCGCCCUUCACCAAGACCGUUGCUAACUUCAAUACCCUUGACUACCUCCGCCUCUCCACCAUCACCGGCAUCUCCGUCACCGUCGGCUACCUCUCCGGGAUCAAGCCCAACAUCCGGGGGCCCUCGAUGGUGACCGGCGGCCUCAUUGGCGUCAUGGGUGGGUUUAUGUACGCUUACCAGAACUCCGCUGGUCGCCUCAUGGGGUUCUUCCCGAACGAGGGCGAGGUAGAACGCUACAAGAAGGCGUAGUCAACGAUGGCCGACCAAUCUUGUGUUAUCACCUGUAGUACAUGAGAACCUGGUGAGCAUCGCACUGAAUUAUGGCGGACAUUUAUAGGUGAAUUUGAAUUGGCUGUGUUAAUUCAGUAGAGUUGUGGGUGUUCAUAUUGCAAUGACAUUUAUUGAUCUGUCACCUGUAGUACAUGAGAACCUGGUGAGCAUCGCACUGAAUUAUGGCGGACAUUUAUAGGUGAAUUUGAAUUGGCUGUGUUAAUUCAGUAGAGUUGUGGGUGUUCAUAUUGCAACGACAUUUAUUGAUCUGUCACCUGUAGUACAUGAGAACCUGAAAUUGCUUAGUUGCAGGUAUCUUCUUUGUUCAUUAUAAAGAUUUGCACGUUGAAAAUAUACAUUGUGUUUGGGCACGUUGGAUUACAACUAGUGAUGGAUGAAGCAUACUACUAACAUUUGAUGUAUAAUAUCUAUUUGGAAUAUGGUUUUAAUUUGUACUUUGUCAAUGUUAAUUUUUUAUCCUUGUUCUUUAAGAAAUGAAAGCCUCAAAGUUCUAGUUUCUUAAGCUAAUCUUGUAAAUUAGGUAUUCAUGUAUGACAUAGGAUCCAUUAGGAAGAUUUGGAGUUGAUUGUUCUGUUAUUGAUUUAUUAAGAUAGUUUGGUUUGAAUACUGUUCCUACUACAAACACAAUAAAGAAAUGUGUUUGAAAAAUGGAGUGGUAACAAGGGAAGGCCUAUCUCCCAAGACAAUGAUUUAGGAAAAUUAAAACUAUGAUGGACUUUUUCUGGCCUUAUAUGCUUGCGGAAAGGAAUUAGAAACCAAAAGCAAUGGAAGCACCCAUUUAAGGCUGAUAUUCUCUUGAAUGAAGAGGUUGCAAAUAUUCCUAUAUUCGUUACAUACCCAUACAUGUCAAACUAGCUUGGUGUGUGGUUUGAUACUAUAGGAUAAGCAAUAUCGUGGGUUUGCAUGGCUCGAUAUGUAACCAGAAGUCGAUGCAUAUACAGGGCAUGAGGGUAUGUGCACUAGUCCGGAGACAUGAAACUCUUGCUAGUAUUUGUUGUUUACUCACAGUAAAGGGGGGUAUUCGUUUUCAAAUUUUCCUUGAAGUUACUCUGCUGUAUAUUAAGUUGCUUUGCUGCAUUUAAUGUUAGAAAAAUGAAGUUUGCAUUUUGCAGAAAUGAAUAGGCAUUCCAAAUAGUUUUUUGCUAUUGAGAUUCAAAACUUGGGCACAGUCAUCUUGAGAAAACAAGAAGAAAUAGAUACAGAGUUAUAUAUGCCCAAUUUAGCUUAUUGAGGUUCCAUAAACAUCAAAUAAACUCAUGUUUCCAGCCUAAUUUUUUGCUGCAUGGCUGUGUUAUCCUUUCCCAUCUCUUCUAAAAUUGCAAAAAAAAAAAAAAAGUGUAACAAAA